AUGACCCUCGAUCAUGCGCCGCGCCCUCGAAGCAUCCACGACGACGGCACUCCAUUUAGACAGACACUCCUCCCACAAUCGCGCGAAACAGGCGAGGUCGUUCCCCCGAAGCAGCCAGAUGGCACUCCGGUAGCAGCCGCAAAGUCACCCUUUGCAAAGUCAUGGGCGCAUCUCAUCGCUGGCGGGCUCGGCGGAAUGGCAUCUGCCACUCUGACCGCCCCGCUCGACGUAUUGAAGACCCGCCUGCAGUCCACGUACUACCAGCAGCACCUCGCUGCAAUGCGCACAGCUCGCGGCCUACCUCCUAUCGAGACCAUGUCCUUUACGCGCAGCUCUCUGCUACACAUUCGCGAGACGGGAGAGAUUCUCUGGCAGGUACCCAAGGCCGAGGGCUGGCGAGCACUAUUCAAGGGUCUUGGUCCAAAUUUGAUCGGUGUUGUACCGGCGCGCGCGAUCAAUUUUUACACGUACGGUAAUGGCAAGCGAAUCAUCAGUACCUACUUCAACGACGGGAAGGAAUCGGCAUGGGUACAUCUCUGCGCAGCUGCUUUUGCUGGCGUCGUUACCGGCACGGCGACAAAUCCUAUCUGGCUCGUCAAAACUAGACUACAACUCGACAAGAACACGCACGCUGAUGGGCGGGGUCGCCAGUACAAGAAUGCGCUUGAUUGCACGAUGCAAACGAUUCGAAAAGAAGGAAUAAAGGGUCUGUACCGCGGCCUCACUGCAAGCUAUUUGGGCGUCACAGAGAGCACUCUUCAGUGGAUGAUGUACGAGCAAAUGAAGAUGGCAUUAGCGAGACGAGAAGAGAGGGUUGCUAAUAGCGGUCGGCCACCUACUGCUUGGGAUCAGACUGUGGCCUGGACGGGCAAGGUGUCCGCAGCUGGUGUGGCCAAGUUCGUUGCUGCUCUGGCGACGUAUCCUCACGAGGUUGUACGAACGCGAUUGCGACAAGCUCCUUUGGAGAACGGCCAGCUGAAGUACACAGGCUUGACUCAGUGUUUCAAAUUAAUAUGGAAAGAGGAGGGUAUGGCAGCGCUUUAUGGUGGGCUAGUCCCUCAUAUGUUCCGAGUGGUACCGAGCGCUGCGAUCAUGUUCGGCACGUAUGAAGCAGUGUUGAAGCUCCUCGGAACCAGCAGCAACCUCUAA